UUUACAUAUAAUUAUUUUUAUUCAAUCUUAAUCAUUCAUUCAUUCUCAUUCUCAUUUGCAUUAAUCACUUAAUCCUUUAAUUUUCAUUCUCAUCAUCUGUCGUGCGUCAAUUUAACAGCAUAUUUUGAGUUCAUAAAUUUCUCUUUCUAUUUUUAUUUUCUGCACUAUUCUCUUUCCUUCCUCUCCUUUCUCUCUCCGUCCCCUUUUUUAAGCCAACAGAAAUUAUCAGUCUCCAAACAGUUUUCACAGGACUUCAGUUUGAACAGUUACUUUUCAUAAAGUCGACAGGCAAGCACGGACUUUCCUUCCUCACAAAACAAUAGCUGGCAACAGCCAUGGCAACAACAGGUCUCAAUCGCACUAAUUAUUCUGAAGAUCUCUCCACCCCGUCAGUCUACCAGCGUAAACGUAUCUCACAGAGAUAUUGCUCUUCCUCUGCAUCAUCUUACACUACUUAUUCCUCAGCUCUGGCAGCGGCUUAUCAACAGCAUCAGUUACAGCUGCAACUCAGCCAUCACCAACCCACUCGUUCAUCUAGGCAGAGCCUUGACCAAAACCCCUAUAGCACUUACUCUACCGACCAAUACCCUGCCUACCAUCCCUUUGAACAUACCUUCGAAAACUCUGACACAAAGUACAGGGGUGUCUGCAACAAUAAUAAUAGUAAUAAUAGUUAUAAUAGCACCCUCCGUGAUAACGGUAUCCAUAAAACCAGAUCCGACUUGUAUACCGACGCUAGCGUCAGUAAACGCUAUUCUUCCCCCUCUUCCAACCAUCAUAAAUCGCCUCCUUCUCCUUACCUGAAUACCCUUGACCCUGUGUGCCAAUCCAGUCUGAGCUCCCACGAAUCAUCAGCAUUGCCUUCCCCUUCACUUAGCGUAUCCUCAACUGACUCCAUGUUCUCCUCCACAAGCGGCACCAGCAUGGCCCAUUGCUCGCCGAUCCUUCCCAAUGCCGCCAUUUCUGCACUUCUCCUGCAUGAUGCCCCAUCGUCUGAAUCCUCCUUGGCUUCUUCACCGGUCCUGUCCUACUGCAGCAGUCCGCGGAUGCCUUUCUCCCCAGUCUCAUCGCCAUCACCCUCGCUAUCAUCAUCAUCAUCGCCCUCACCGUCGCCACCUCCUGCUAUGUCUAUUACACGAAGGAAUAGGAGAACGGCCUCUACAGGAUCAGGAUCAAGCCAAUUGAGUGAGAGCAGCCAGUUAUCUGGAUACACCAGUCAAUCUAAUUCACAUUCAUCUCGCUCAGGACCAAUGAAAGGGAAAGGGCGAUCACCACUUUCUCGACCGUGGUCAACACAUGGUCAUUCAGCCACAUCCAAGAUGGCAUCAGCCUCAAGAGCAUCAUCAAAAGCAGCAGCGGUUGAUUCUUAUAAUUCACCCCAAACCAUUGUGCAAAAUUCGACGCGCUACAUAGGCUUCCUGUUGCUACCUCUAUUCCCACUUCUCCUCUUUGCAUUGUGUGCUCAGACUUCAAAGAACUUUGAGACGCCAGCGAAGUAUGGUGUAUAAUAAUAAUAAAAAAAACAAAGCACAAAAAUACACAUUACAAUUACUAUCAUCACAUGACAUUGGAAUGUGGAGUCGAAGUCGAAC